AUGGACACCCGUUGGUUCACGCGCGACGUCGCCGAGCUCAGGCUCUGGCGAUGCGUCGGUGUCGUUGCGUGGUCCGCCCUGGCCACCUUCUCAGCGGCGCUCGCGUACUUCACAACGCUCGAUUUCUUCGGCGGUAGCUCCGAUGGGCGCUCGCGCGUCUUCACGGCGCUCGCGUACGCGCUGUUGCAGCUCCCGGCGAGCGCGGCGACGGCGCUGUGCGCGCGUGCGAGUAGCUCAGACUUCAUCCCAAACGGUGAGCGAGACGGAUGCGGCGUGGUGAAGGGCGAACGGAUCGGUGAACGGUUCGCAACGGCGAUGAUGCGAGAUGGGGCGACGAUAGGGGCGCUGGUAGGCGCGUUUGCGUGCUCAGGGAGUAUGGCGUGCUCGUUGACGGCGAGGUCGACCGCGGCAAGGUCAUUGGCCGGUACGUUCACCGUGAACGAGCGCGAUCCCGCGUUCGCGGCACAGUUUGGGUGCGUUCUGGGCGUGUUGACGGCGAUAUAUCUGUGGACGAAGGAUGGUUUCAUAGUGGCGUUUCCUACGAUCCAACGACCACGAGCGCUGCGUUUGAAACGCAGCUUCUUGCCGAGCGCGCGAGUUGGGUUAAUUCGCUCCUUGCACGCGUGCGCGGCGCACGUCGUUGUCGUCAUUACGAGUCGUUACGUCGCGCAACUCAGCGCGAAGUCAUCACGCGGUUUGCUAUUUGGCUCGGCGUCAUGCUGGGGUGCAGGUGCACUGGCGAGCACCUCUUGGGUGCUUGCGAUCCUUUGUGCGGAGUUCGUGCACACCGAGCGCUACGAGUUCAGACCGCAGAGCCUGGCGCAGGGUCCAAAGGUUGCGAGUGAGCCUCUUAUGGCGGCUUUGAACUAUUUCGAGAUUCCAUUCGUGCAGCACCUGGCGUAUUUGGACUUAUGUUAUGUCGCGGAGAGCGGUGGUCGUGGAAGGCGUCAGCUCAUUUACGGCGAUACCCCGGAUGCCGCUUGGUCGGUGGCGAUAUCAAACGCACUCGCGCCGCUCAUGAUGAUUUCCAGAGCGGUGAACAAGGCGAUGGAUCGUACCAUGUUGGCCGCAUUGCGAGACACAGAUGCGGACGCCGCGCAACGGAUCAGUGAGAAGUACGUCCAGAUGAACAUGCCGAAGCCGAAAUUUAAGCACGAGAGCGCUCAAACACAGCAAGCUUGGAAUGCUUUGAGACAGAGCGAAGCUCUGUCCGCGGACGUCGCGACGCGCGAGUUGCACGCCGUAGUGAAGUCGUUUGGUCAGUUAGCAGUUUGGGGAGCCCGCGCGUCAUCCUCACUUGCCGUUGCCGCAAGAAAGGAAGACGUUCGAGGUAACGCGCGCGUGAUCAAUCCGACGUUGAGUGCGAUCGUUCGAGCGCAGCUCAUCGCGUUGUUGGCGUGUAGGACGAUCAUCGAACAAGGUUCACCGCCUGUUCGCACGUCGAGUGGAUUUACGUCGAGCGAUUUGGCCUUGUCUUCAAAGGCAAAUUCCCUCGUUGCGCAGCGCGAUAGACUCGUCAACAGCGUCCUGUACUUCUUAGGUAUCACCGCGACGAAUAGAAAUACCGCAAACGGUGCCGUGACGCCGGCUUUCACGCCGGCGGUGGCGACGGCGAGAAGACUCUGCGACACCGUGGAGCUUGCCCUCGGAGCGCUCAUCGAGGAAUACGGUGUCGUUGAGAUUAAGGCCAUGCUCCGUGAAUCUGAGCGCUUUGGACCGCCCGAAUUCGGUACCCCGAAUGAAUUGUUCGAGGCCUUAGAAACCAUAGCCCGCGACUUGGCAUAG